CACUGUAAAUAUAGUAGGCCUAGUCUAUAGAAAGCAUAUGGAAGUUCCUCUUUUUAAUAGAGGCCACAAUUGCAUACCCUAUAGAAAUAUUGCGCAACAUGGGCUCUCAUGAAGUGUUUGAUUAGAUUUUCGAUUACAUUUGCAUUGAUGUCAGAGUGAUUAGCGGGACAAUAGUGUGCUGAGUACCAGACAGUUAGCAAGUUUGGUAGGCUACUAAUGACCAGCAGCAGCAUCAGCACUUGGAGAAGCCUAAUUACCGUGACUAAACGGUCACAUGGAAUUUGCGAUAAUGCGGUCACCGUAACAGCCCUAAUCACAGCUAAUUAAAACAGGAGCAAAAACAAGCAACCAUCUAGUGAAUCAGAACAACCAAACUCCAACAAUACACACAUACACACCAGACAGACAGACAUAGGCGCAUACCCACACAUUAAAACACACUUCCACACAGCCAGCCAGCCCAGUGUGUGUAUUAAUAACCAGCCCAUCCAGCUAUGACCAACCAGCUCCCAGAAGCCUUCAGGAAAAUCCCUGGUUCCUCUUCUGAUGUCAUCACUUCCUGUUGCCUAGCGCCACCACACACCCCAUCCUCACUUCUGUUCUCCAUCCAUCCCUCCCUCACUGUACAUGCCACACAAUCAAUAGUUCCAACCAGAGAACCAACCCAACCAUACUACCCUCUGGGAAAGGGAGGGGAAAGAGAUGGCAUAAGAGACAGAGACAGAGUGGGAGAGGAACACAGCGAAACUAUCUGCAGGCACAGACAGACACAGAUAUCCAUCCAGACAGACAGGCAGGCAGGCCUCGCUCCCCAGCACAGAAAGAUGAGCUCUCAGAUGUACACAGAACUGUCUGCGGCUCCCUCGUCUGGCUCAGCCCUGGAGCUACGCUUUGCAGAGGACACCUCUCUCACUGAGGUGAUGCGGCUACGUGUCCAGUCCCUGCAGCGUAGCGGUCAGAAGCGACAGGAGGGGGAGCGGUUGCUCCUCCCCCACGAGGCUGUCUACCGUCUGGACUUCGCCAAUCAGGAGCUGACGUUCGUCCACUGGUCGGUGUCUCUGAUUGGCAAUGGCAGAGUGACCGUCACAGGGAUCUCCCAGCUCUGGACCCCUGACCUCACACACCUGAUGACCCGGCAGCUUCUAGAACCCGUCGGAACAUUCUGGCGGAACGCUGGCGACCCGGAGGACAUGCCCCUCAAAUGUCUGGAGGCGGACAUCCAGGAGUUCGGGGAGCGAAUCGCGGAGCUGGCCAAGGUCCGCAAGGUCAUGUACUUCCUGUUUGCCUUCAAGGAGGGGGCGGAGGCUGACAAGGUCAGCAUCUCCGUGGAGUUUAAUCAGGCCUGACCUAUAAACCUUAAAGGGAUACUUUUGGAUUUUGGCAAUGAGGCCCUCUGGACACAGAAGUGUGUGCUUCUCUGUGUCCAGUAUGAAGGUAGAUAGAGGUAGUUUUGCGAGCCAAUGCUAAUGCUACCA